UGACCAAGUUUACGAAUGAUAAAAUGAAGUGUAUCAUUGCUAUUGUUAUUAUUACUGCCUAUUAUCCAAAUAUCCUGGGUUUAACAGUUACAAAUACAAUACGACUACAAGAAGUAUCGUCAGGUGGUCAUAUUUCAAUUAAAGUCACUAUUGACCCUAAUACAAACGGCGUAACAGGAAAUUGGACAAUAUCUGAUAUGUCUGGAGGUUCCCAAAAAAUUGUCAUCGACAACCUCAAAUAUGCUGAAACUUUAACAACAAAUUCAAUCGAAUUGUUUAUCUUUACUACGGAAACUUCAGACAUUGGAUUUUACAUAUAUCAUGCAACAGACGGUUCAAAUUUUGCAGAGAACACACCUAUGACAUUAGCGAUUACAGAUUCCCCACCAAAGGUUUCAACAUCAAUGUCCAAGGAAACAGUAGGCAUAGGACAAACACUUACACUGAAUUGUUCUUUCAUGAUAUAUGAUCCAAACAGUAUAUAUCAUGUAAAGUGGGAAAAAAAUAGCACUUCCGGUGAAGUUUCUUAUAUUGACAUGUCAGUAACAUCUAAAUAUGGUGGAAGUGUUGCAAAUGAUCCUUCUUUAACUAUUAUGAAUAUAGAUAGUAACGACAUGGGUGGGUACUGGUGUAAUGUAACAAAUAAUCAUGACAGAUCAGGGAAAAGUACAAAAAUAACCAUAGAGUUACAACAAGGUGGCAGCGUUUUAACUCAGACAGAAACGACAACUGCAACAAGUAUUCAUGGUACAACUUCUAAUGUAACAGAGAAAGGUACAACUUCUACUGUAACAGAGAAAGGUACAACGUCUACUGUAACAGAGAAAGGUACAACGUCUACUGUAACAGAGAAAGUUACAACAAUGACAGACAAAGGUGAAGAGAUGUGUCCUUGUAAUUGUGACUACAGGGCAAAACUGGAUUACUGGGCAACACAAAAUGUAACAAACUAUACAUUUGAAGAAUUAAAAAUAAUUCUGAAACCAGAAUUAGAUAAACUAGAAAAGGAAUUACGCGUUGACAAGCAUAAUUUGUCAGCAGUGUUACGGAAGUUAACAAGUGCGCAUGACAAACGACCAUCGGCAAGACAUCUUGGAUCAUUUGGAAUUGUAUUUCUUAUUGUUCUUUGUUUAUUAAUUUUUGCAUCUGAUUUAAUUUCCAUAAAACAACAUAUCAUUACAAUCAAACGGAUAUGGAACAUCAAAGUAAAGCGAUAACCACAAAGACGUUUCGUAUCUAAUUGUCCGAGACAAUUGAUCAUUUAAAAAAAAGAAAUCAUCUGUAGAUAAAAAAAAAAAUGAAAGAAUAUAUAAUAUUCUGGAUAUAUGUUUAUUUUGAUUUAACAAAUUGAAACAUUCUAGUAAUAUAUCAAAUUCCAUAUUGCACCUUUUUUCAAA